GCGCGCGUCUCGGCCCGACGUGACUGUGCGAGUCUCCCACUUGCUGGCUUUGGGCACCCGCAUAAAAGGCGGCAGCAGAAGCUGGACGGGAAUGGAGUGACCUGCUCGACGUCCCUGGUCGCCUAGCACUGCUCAGCGGAGCUCUGCACGGCCGCGGCGGGGAAAGGUGCGGAGGCAAGUCCGAGUGCUCUCCGCGGGAACCGGAGCAGGAGCCGCUAUGGAGCGCGGCCGUCCCGCCAGCAGCCCACGCAGCGCCGAGCCCGCCCCAUCGGCCGCCGCCGCCCGCGACUCGAGCCCGGGACGGACCGGCGCCGGGCAGACAGGCUCCGGCGGGGUCGUCGCGCGCUCCGGGGGUGGCCGACCUGCAGCCGCGAACGCCGCUCGGGAGCGCAGCCGCGUGCAGACCCUGCGGCAUGCCUUCCUGGAGCUGCAGCGCACACUGCCGUCGGUGCCGCCCGACACCAAGCUGUCCAAGUUGGACGUGCUGCUGCUAGCCACCACCUACAUUGCCCACCUCACCCGCAGCCUGCAGGACGACAACGAGGCUCCGGGAGACCCCAGACUGGGCGCCUUGCGAGGUGACGGCUAUCUGCACCCAGUUAAGAAGUGGCCCAUGCGAUCGAGAUUGUACAUCGGCGCUACUGGUCAGUUUCUGAAGCAUUCUGACUCUGGAGAAAAGGCGAAUCAGAGCAGCAUGCCAACGGCCUCACAGCCAUAGGCUGUCUCCUGGGGGCUCUCGUAGAAGGGUGGCUGUUGUUUUUAAAGACUGGAACAAUUAUGUAUUUAUUACAUUGGACAUAACAAAUACUGUUUUUGAAGUUUACAUUAAAACCUGUAGUUGAAUGUCAAACUAAAUAAAUGUGGAAUGGAAUAAUCAGCCCUAUAUAAAUAUAUAUAUAUAGCUUAUUUAGUCAUUUGUUACUGCUGCAUAGUAGAGAGAAGCUAUUAGGAAAAUGAAAGCCACACAAAGGCAUAUAAUUGUGUACACCCAAAGAACGCUCACAUUUCCUUCCACAUUUUUUGUAAAAACUGAUGGGAAUACAGCCCUUCUAGUUUUAAGAAAUAAGAUACAUGGUGUUGUGUGUCUAUAAUCCCAGGACUCUAGGAUGCAGAGGCAGGUGGAUCUCUGUGAGUUCAAGGCCAGGCUUCUCUAUAUAAAAAGUUUGAGGCUAGCCAGGGCUACACAGUGAAACCCUAUCUCAAAAAUAAAUAAAUAAAUAAAAUGUGUUUAUAUUAGUAUUUAAUUUUUUGUGAAAGCCAAUGUGUGCUUUGAGUUGGCCAUUUCAGUUAGAGUAUAUAAGAUCCUUAUCCUCCUGGGCUGUGUGCGUGUGUGUGUGUGGGGGGUGUGUUUAAAGAUUGUUGCAGUAACUUCUGUAUGUGGUUAUUUUUUCCCCAAUAUGAAAUAUAUAUGGGGACUGGAGAGAUGGCUCAGAGGUUAAGAGCACUGGCUGUUCUUCCAGAGAUUCUGAGUUCAAUUCUCAG